CCAGCACUUCCCCGCCAGGUCCCCCUCCAGGUCCCCGCCCCUCCGCGUCCCGGGACCCGGCUCGGUCCGGAGCCGCGCCUAGCGUUCGGGCAUGCCCCGCUACGAGCUGGCUUUGAUCCUGAAAGCCAUGCAGCGGGGUUGGUACAGUAGGCUUCACUAGACUUAGCUGCAACUCAGAAUUUCUCCUCCAGCACCUGAGUAAAUGCUGAUGGUCUUGUGGAGUGUGGAUUAAGAGUACGAGCUAAGUUCUCAAAUCCCAAUUAAGAAGCGGAGGAAAAUUUAAACUGUCUCCUUCAAAGUUUAUCACAACCACCACCAUCAAGACAGCAAACCAAAGGACAAAGACUUUGACCUGCUGUGUUGCCCUGUAUAGUCCAGUUCACGUAUGGUUUGCAGACUUGGCUGAGGUUACUAAUAAGUAAAUAAAAAGCUGGACACUUCUGUCAUUUGGACGCUUUUAUUCACAAGUUACCAGAAUGAGGGCUGUACUGGAGACAGCAGACAUUGCCAUAGUGGCCCUGUAUUUUAUCCUGGUCAUGUGCAUUGGUUUUUUUGCCAUGUGGAAAUCUAAUAGAAGCACCGUGAGUGGAUACUUCCUGGCGGGGCGCUCUAUGACCUGGGUAGCAAUUGGUGCCUCUCUGUUUGUGAGCAAUAUUGGGAGUGAGCACUUCAUUGGGCUGGCAGGAUCUGGAGCUGCAAGUGGAUUUGCAGUGGGCGCAUGGGAAUUCAAUGCCUUACUGCUUUUGCAACUUCUGGGAUGGGUUUUCAUCCCAAUUUACAUCCGGUCGGGGGUAUACACCAUGCCUGAAUACUUGUCCAAGCGAUUUGGUGGCCAUAGGAUUCAGGUCUAUUUUGCAGCCUUGUCUCUGAUUCUCUAUAUCUUCACCAAGCUCUCAGUGGAUCUGUAUUCAGGUGCCCUCUUUAUCCAGGAGUCUUUGGGUUGGAACCUCUAUGUGUCUGUCAUCCUGCUCAUUGGCAUGACUGCUUUGCUGACUGUCACCGGAGGCCUUGUUGCAGUGAUCUACACAGACACUCUGCAGGCUCUGCUCAUGAUUGUUGGGGCGCUCACACUUAUGAUUAUUAGCAUGAUGGAGAUUGGUGGGUUUGAGGAAGUUAAGAGAAGGUACAUGUCGGCCUCACCUAAUAUUCCCUCCAUCUUGUUGACAUACAACCUUUCCAACACAAAUUCUUGUAACGUCUCCCCUAAGAAAGAAGCCCUAAAAAUGUUGCGGGAUCCAACAGAUGAAGAUGUUCCAUGGCCUGGAUUCAUUCUUGGGCAGACCCCAGCCUCAGUGUGGUACUGGUGUGCUGACCAAGUCAUCGUACAGAGGGUCCUGGCAGCCAAAAAUAUUGCUCACGCCAAAGGCUCUACUCUUAUGGCUGGCUUUUUGAAGCUUCUGCCAAUGUUUAUCAUAGUUGUCCCAGGAAUGAUUUCCAGGAUACUCUUUACUGAUGAUAUAGCUUGCAUCAACCCAGAGCACUGCAUGCAAGUGUGUGGAAGCCGAGCUGGGUGCUCCAAUAUUGCUUACCCACGCCUGGUGAUGAAGCUUGUUCCUGUGGGCCUUCGGGGCUUGAUGAUGGCUGUGAUGAUUGCAGCUCUAAUGAGUGACUUGGACUCUAUAUUUAACAGUGCUAGUACUAUAUUCACUCUUGAUGUGUACAAACUCAUCCGCAAGAGUGCAAGCUCCCGGGAACUAAUGAUUGUGGGGAGGAUAUUUGUGGCUUUUAUGGUGGUAAUCAGCAUAGCGUGGGUACCAAUCAUUGUGGAGAUGCAAGGAGGCCAGAUGUACCUUUACAUUCAGGAGGUAGCAGAUUACCUGACCCCCCCAGUGGCGGCCCUGUUCCUUUUGGCAAUUUUCUGGAAGCGCUGCAAUGAACAAGGGGCUUUCUAUGGUGGAAUGGCUGGCUUUGUUCUUGGAGCAGUCCGUUUGAUACUGGCCUUUGCCUACCGUGCCCCAGAGUGUGACCAACCUGAUAAUAGACCAGGCUUCAUCAAAGACAUCCAUUAUAUGUAUGUGGCCACAGCAUUAUUUUGGGUCACAGGACUCAUUACUGUAAUUGUCAGCCUUCUCACACCACCUCCCACAAAGGAACAGAUUCGCACCACCACCUUUUGGUCUAAGAAGAACCUGGUGACUAAGGAAAGCUGCUCUCAGAAAGAUGAACCUUACAAAAUGCAGGAGAAGAGCAUUCUGCGAUGCAAUGAGAACAGCGAGGCCAUCAUCCAUGUCAUUCCCAAUGGGAAAUCUGAAGAUAGUAUUAAGGGCCUUCAGCCCGAAGAUGUCAAUCUUUUGGUGACCUGCAGAGAGGAGGGCAAUCCUGUGGCUUCCUUGGGUCAUUCAGAGGCAGAAACACCAGUAGAUACUUAUUCCAAUGGGCAAGCGGCUCUCAUGGGUGAGAAAGAGAGAGAGAAAGAAACGGAGGAUGGAAACCGGUACUGGAAGUUCAUAGACUGGUUUUGUGGCUUUAAAAGUAAGAGCAUCAGCAAGAGGAGUCUCAGAGACUUGAUGGAGGAGGAGGCUGUUUGUUUACAAAUGUUAGAAGAGACUCCACAAGUUAAAGUCGUACUGAAUAUUGGACUUUUUGCUGUGUGUUCUCUUGGAAUUUUCAUGUUUGUUUAUUUCUCCAUAUGAACUUAAGGCUAUGAUGAGACACUUAACUUAAGAAAAUACUGGUCUUUGGAAAAAAAAUUAUGUAACUGUUGCAUCUCUCAGGCAUUGUUUACGCUGUAGGUUUUAGCCAAAUUUUACUUAGCAGAAAAUCAUUUAUUUGCAAGACUUUAUUUUCCCAGAGAUGGAUUAAAGUAAAUCUUCAACUUUUAAAUGAAGCAAAACAGACUGAAAAGUUAAAAAAAAAAAAAAAAAUGUGGUUUAAAAAAUUUCCAUACCAAAG